CCAGUCCGGACUUUACCACAGACCUCAGUCGCCGUUACCGCAGCAUCCGUCUAAACCGCCUUCAAAUCCAGCCGUACACAGCACUUUUCAUCACUUACUUCGCCUAAAACGCCAAACCUCGACAUUCUCCUCCGGUGCAUCAGUGAUUAUCUGCGGGGACCGAGCGGGAUAAACCCCUGUAAUCGUGACUAACAGCCUCGCUAAUGCUCAGCAGCGGGUUUCUGCGCCAAGAAAUGAUGUGGACACCGAACCGCUGGUGAAAGUGCUCAAUAGUUUGGCUGCACAAGAAUUCACUGGUCAUGCUGUGCUGUGGAGGGACACGAAGAGACGCUAAAUAAGAAAGGACAAGAGAGACGAGAGAGGAGACAUUAGACAGCAUCCGCUAUCAUGUCUCGCCAUCAAAGCCGAGCCACCAGCCUGGAGGAGAAGGGAGCCACGCCCAUCCACAGGAGCUCCGCCCCCUCACACAAGAGCUCCACCCCCACUCACAAAAGCGUAUCCUCUUCCUCUUCAUCUCAGAGAGACAGUCGACAGGAGACGGAUAGUUGGGAAAUCAUCGAGGGGCUAAGGAUUGGUCAGACUCAUAUCCAGAGGCCAGAGAAACAUGAAGGUUUUAUGCUGAAGAAGAGGAAAUGGCCUCUGAAGGGCUGGCACAAGCGAUUUUUCGUUUUAGAUAACGGGAUCCUGAAGUACUCCAAAUCUCCUGUAGAUACUCAGAAGGGAAAGCUUCACGGCAGUAUAGACGUGGGUCUGUCUGUGAUGUCCAUCAAGAAAAGAGCUCGCCGCAUAGAUCUGGACACAGAAGAGCACAUUUACCAUCUGAAGGUGAAGUCUCCAGAUGUUUUUGACAUCUGGGUGUUCAAGCUGCGUCACCAUCGCUUGUUCCGUCAGAACGAGAUUGUUCGCUCUCCUCGUGAUGCUACGUUACGGACCUUCCCUCCGUCUGCCAGCGCAGAGUCACCCCAGAACACCUCUUCCAGCGCAAACCAAAACAAGCAGGGUAAACCCAGUGGUCUGCCCUGGCAGCUGCCGCCAUCCUGUAGUAAUGGACAGAGUAAAGUGGCAGCCUGGUUACAGGAGUCAGAGGAGAUGGACAAGUGUGCAGAAGAUCUUGCCUACUGCCAGUCUAGUCUUUUAGAACUGAGUCAACUGCUGCAAAGUCUGGAGAUCUUACAAAGGACACAGUCAGCUCCCAACUUCACCGACAUGCAGAGUAACUGUGUAAAUUUGACAAAGAAAGAAAAGCGAGUCAGCAGAAGAUGGAGGACUAAAAGUGUCAGCAAAGAUGCAAAAUUGCAACAGCAGGUCCAGUCACUUCCCCAGUCACACAGUGCUAAAGUUCCCCUGAGUGCAAGUAUGUCUCAAGUGUGUCUCCACGCCUCUAAUCCUAACCUUUGUGUGGAGUUGGCUGAUUUUCAAACCCCGGUCACACGUCUGACUGACAGUAUCGACAGCGCCAGUGACUACAUCAAACUACAGGAAGAUUUCUGCAUAGUUGCGCAAAAAGUGCACUCUCUUCUGAAGUCUGCCUUCAACACUGUGGCCAUAGAGAAGGAGAAGAUUAAACAGGUGUUGUUGGAACAAGAGCAGACCGGCCAAUCACAUCAGAUUAUAACCCUCCGCCGCUCCCUAUCACAGGCCUUGUCCCAGAAUGCUGAGCUGAAGACCCGUCUGAACCGGAUCCACUCUGAGUCGGUUCUGUCUGACCAGGUCGUCAGUGUGAACAUCAUCAGCAGUCCUGACGAGGCAGGUGAUCCGCUCCACGUGGGCAUCCCUCUCUCUCAGCAGGUGUCCAAUGAGAGCAGACUCUCCAUGUCAGAGUCAGUCUCUGAGUUCUUCGAUGCGCAAGAGGUGCUUCUGUCCGCCAGUUCAUCAGAGAAUGAGGCCUCUGAUGACGAGUCUUACAUCAGCGAUGUGAGUGAUAACAUUUCAGAGGACAACGCCAGCGUCACAGAUAACGUUUCCAGACAGAUGCCUAAUGGUGAUCUGGCCAGUGGUGCGUUUCGUAACGGUAGACGUACCUGUCUCCCUGCUCCCGCCCCUGACACUUCCAACAUUAACCUGUGGAACAUCCUGAAGAACAACAUCGGGAAAGACCUGUCGAAAGUGUCCAUGCCAGUGGAGCUGAACGAGCCGCUGAACACACUGCAGCACAUGUGUGAGGAGCUGGAGUACACAGAGCUGCUGGAUAAAGCGGCUCAAACCGACGACCCCUAUGAACGCAUGGCAAUCGUUGCAGCGUUUGCAGUUUCAGGAUAUUCCUCCACCUAUUAUAGAGCGGGCAGCAAACCCUUUAACCCCCUUCUCGGGGAAACGUAUGAAUGUAUCCGUGAAGACAAAGGAUUCUGCUUCUUUUCUGAACAGGUGAGCCAUCAUCCGCCCAUCUCCGCUUGUCACUGUGAGUCACAGAACUUCACCUUCUGGCAGGACGUCAGAUGGAAGAAUAAGUUCUGGGGAAAGUCUAUGGAGAUUCUUCCCAUUGGAACAGUGAAUGUCAUGCUGCCCAGUUAUGGCGAUCACUAUGAGUGGAACAAGGUGACGGCGUGCAUCCACAACAUUCUGAGCGGGAGGCGAUGGAUCGAACAUUACGGCGAGGUCACGAUCAGAAACACCCGCAACACCACCUGCAUCUGCAAACUCACCUUUGUUAAGGGAAACUACUGGAGCUCGAAUGUGAAUGAGGUGCAAGGAUCAGUGAUGGACCAGGAGGGAAAAGUCAUUCACCGACUGUUUGGGAAAUGGCAUGAGGGUCUGUACUGUGGAGUCCCACCUUCAGCCAAAUGCAUCUGGAGACCAGGGUCUAUGCCUACAGAUUAUGAGCUGUACUACGGCUUCAGCAGGUUUGCUAUAGAGCUCAAUGAGCUCUGCCCUGAGCUGAAGGAGCUGCUGCCACCAACAGAUGCUCGAUUCAGGCCGGACCAGAGGUAUCUGGAGGAAGGAAAUGUCCAGAUGGCAGCAGCUGAGAAACAAAGAAUCGAAGAGCAGCAGAGAAACAGGAGGAAGUGGCUGGAGGAGAACAACAUCAGACACCAGCCGCGAUUCUUCAAGAAGGUUAUGGACAGUCACCAGAGGGAGAGAUGGGUGUCUAACAACACGUACUGGGAACUGCGCAAGGACCCUGGCUUCCUCAAACUAGAAAACCCCGAGCUGUGGUAGAUCCAGACACCUGUGCUGAUGACACCUUCACUGCUGACUGCAGAUGCUAACUAUGCAGAACAGGAGCAGCCUGGGACUUCCCUCUAGAUUUGGAUUUUAUCUCCAGAAACGGACUGAAAAACAAAAAACAAACACUCUCUCCUCAUCACUUCGGCAGGCUCCGCCCCCAUAGUCUCCCUCUCCAUAGUAACAGAGAGACAGCGCUGUUGUCAGGGCAGAAGUGAGAGCUGCAGAGCUGUCCACAUGAAGCCGGUCGCGCUUCCUGUUAAGUCCUUGCCUUAAGAAGUCGCUUCUCAACAACAACGUUUUACGCUUUUAGUGAAAUUCCCUCAACUUCUUUGCUUUAGAUGGACUGAAUUUGCUCUGGGUCACAUUCUGCAUGUGUAGAUGGCAGCUUUCAUCGGCAACUCAUCAAAGCUACAUUUAGACAAUUUUAGUGGUAUUUUUGUAAACGACCAGAAGAAGGGAACUGCUUUGGCAGUUGAAGCUGUGCCGUGACUCGAUCUGUCCCUCCUCAUAUUCGACGGCAGCCAUCAGAGGGGCGGCUCAGUGUGCUGAACAUGUGUUUUUAUAAUUGUGCACUCCACCUUUCAAACCCUUCCCGGACACUGUGCAGCAAGACCACAAAAGACACCCCAGGACGCAGACACCUGAACCUCUGUAGCUGCAACUGUACAUUAGCGCUCUUAAUUCAAAGCAGAAGUGUGACGUUUAUGCCCCUCUGAUUGCACCAAAUCAAGACCAGUACAAGCACUCGCCACCUUCAGAAAAACUAGUCAGUGCUCUGCCAAACAGAUUAUUACAGGUAGUUUUUGCCCUGAAGUCAUGCCAUUGGUUGAGCCAGAAGUCAGACGCACACUGCAUUUAAAGGGACAGUUCACCCAAAAUUAAAAACCGUUUGUUUUCUUCCCCUAACGUCAUUCAAAACUCAUUUCGUUUUAUUUGUAAUAAACCUCAUCAGUUUCUGUCCCCCUAUUGACAAUUUCAGGUAACCAAAACUUGUAAAAGUUGUAAGCCGUUGUAAAACAAGCUUCCGUGUUUACCAUAUCUGAUGUGCUCUGUGUAUGUGUCGAUCCCUGUUUAGAUGUAAAUAAAAGUACAAAAAGUUUGCAGUUCAUCAUAUCAAAUGGCCAUACCUCUUUUAUGUUUUGGUUACCUUGACUUUCAACGCAAGCAAGAAAACUUCUCAGAUUUCAUUCAAAAUGCAUUUUGAAAAGUCUUUACGGGUCUGGAACGAGUAUAUGAUGACAGAAUUGUCUUUUUUGGGUGAACUAUCCCUUCAAAACGCACCAGUGACCAGCAGACAUGUACACUGCAAACGUGUAGACUGUAUUUCCCUCGACUCAUUGUUCUGAACAUGAACUUCACAACAAGAGCGGCAGCGGCAGCCUCUGCUGGCCUCUCAGUGCUACUGCAUACUACAUACUUCAGUGCCCUUCAUCUCUGCUUACAGCAUAUAAAAGACGGAUGUCAGCAAAGACCUGAGCAGUGUGUGGAAUGGAAAGCUAUCCUACUGCAUACUACACAGUAUGCUGUAACAUUUCACAUAGCGUACUACAUUUUCACAUGACCUCAACAUGCAUUUAAUUCAGCAAAGUCUAGAUUUCGUCUCAGAUAUAAAUUGUUUAAAAAACAACAGUUUAAAAAAAUAGAUUGUUUUGAGUUAAAAAAUAGAAUUUUGGAAGUCUGAGUGAAUACUUAUAAAAAUCUGGGUUAAUCUGUCAUGGAAAUGGACCAUUUCUGGCACAUAUAGACAUGAAGUAGUAAAAGUAGUAUUCUAGCAUGCGGUUCCGAACUCAAAACUCCAGAUGAAUCAUCCACGUAUUUAGUGCAUACUGAAAACUUCUAUGUGCAUACUACAGAAGUAUGUUGCUGAAGUAUGCUAUGAUGAAUAGCAUACUACCAAAUACCUCACAAUAUAUACAUAAACACCAAAAAGUUGAGAUAUUUCUACAGACUGCAUUAAAAAAAUACCAUUUUUAUUACCUAGAUAAAAACGGGAUAUGACUUCUUGAAUUAAACUUGCUGAGGUAAAUCAUGUGACUGCAAUGUAGCAGAAUACAUUUGCACAAUGCUGUUUUCCAAAACUAGCAGUAUCCAGCGUAGUACGCAGUAUGUAGUACACUAAUAUUCUAGUGAGAACGGACCUGUAGUUUCUGAUCUCAUUUGGACUUCAUUCAUCAAACACAAAAUCAUGCAUAAAAUCAGUCUUGUGUAUUUUGUUGAAUUUGAUUCGCCUGCGCAGAUCUCAGUGUUUUAUUUUCUUUAAAAGGUUUUUUUUUUAGAAAGUGUUAAAGAUUUUUAUUUUAUGUGAGUAGAUUAAAAAAGAAAUGGUAGAAUGUCUCAGUGUAGUCCCAGUGACAGAGAUGAUCUCUGCCGUUAGUAGACCCGUAUGUUAGUGUUUGAGUCCUUCUCUGUGCCUUAACACAUCUGAAACCAUAUCAACACUGAGCACAGUCCAUCCUCAUCUUCUGCACACUGCCGGUAAGACCCUGCAGAGCCCAACCACAAUAUAAAACACAGGCUGCUGGAUAUGAACGGCUGCGGAACAAACACGGAGGUCUGAAACUGCUUCUUCACACAGGUGUGCGCCUACAAAACCACGUAUUGAGUUCUUAUAUUGAAGAUUUUUCAUGAGCGUUGUUUAAGUUUGAUGCGUCCACACAUCAUGAGCUCAACCGACUGAAUGUUUCUGAAGAUUAUUUUAGAUUUAUCUAGCCUAAGAUGAGAAUAGCAGGUGCUGUCGAGUUCCUCGUAGGGGAAGGUGUUGUAGUGAGUGCAUCCGCACUCAAUAGUUUCUCACCAUUGCAUGAAAACAUGUCACGGCCUGCCAACGAUCUCUGAUGCCUUAUUAAAAUGUCUGUUUCAUUUCUAUCUCGUUAGAUGCUCACUGAGACGUCCUGCACUGUGUGUGGGGGUUUCAAUCACGUGUUCAGCUUUCCUCUGAAGAAGUGCAAUUGUACAAUGACUCUCUGUUUGCUCUCCUGCUGUGUCAUUAGGACACACUCCAGACCCGCUGUUUCACAUUUAAAUUCAUAGUAAGAAAUACAUAUUUGUGUUCUAAGUCA